UGAAAAUGUGUUUAUAUUUAGGACUCAAUGGUUUAGAAAGUAAACUGGUCAACUCUGUUGGUAGUAGCAGUUUGUCCAAUAGCAAUUCAUCAUAUUCUGCACCUAGUUCAACUCCACCAGUAUCUCCUGUUAGUCAGUCUUCGCCUCCUACUGACUUGAACUCAUUUCAACCUACAUCACCUUCCGCUGUCAACAACACUUCAUCUGCGGCAGCUUCUCUCCCCUCCAGUAGUGUUCUUAGUAUUCUGCCGUCCAGUACUGUAUUAUGUGGUGGUGCAUCUGGAAAUCUCUCUCAGUCCUCGUCCUUUACUUUAUCUAGUAAUGGUCGUUUGAUGAAUAUUGAUGAUCAAGACAGUUUACAACAGCAUUCCUCGUGCAAGCUUUUAUUGAAUGGACCAUUACCAUCAAAGCCUCUACCAGAACCAACUAUGUCUUCUCUUAAGACUAUGGCCCAGCAGGCUCUUUUAAAUGCAGGAUUACAAAGACGAUUAUUAUCACCAUCACAAUCCUCCUUCAUACCAACUGAUAGAGAGUUAUUUAGUAGUACAACAAACUCCUUAAGUCUUCAGGCAAAUACAGUCCAACCUGUAUCAGGAACAUUAACAAACAGUGUUACCAUGGAAGCUCACAUCCCACCCUUACUUGGUGUAGCUCCUCUUGGCCCAGUUCCUCUCACCAAGAACUGCUUCUUUCAGUCACAGAUGCUUGAAGCUUCCAGUCAACACAUGCCUCAUCCAUCUGACUCGGAAAGACUAAGGUUAUAUUUUCCAAGGAAUCUCUGUCCAACACCAUCGUACUAUCCUCAGAGCCUACCUAAUUGUGAUUCGCUAGACUUCUUCCAGAGACUCUCAGUAGAAACCCUUUUUUUUAUCUUCUAUUACAUGGAGGGGACAAAAGCUCAGUAUCUAGCAGCAAAAGCUUUAAAAAAACAGUCGUGGAGGUUUCACACCGAACAUAUGAUGUGGUUUCAGAGGCACGAAGAACCCAAAACGAUAAACGAUGAGUUUGAACAGGGCACUUACAUUUACUUUGAUUAUGAGAAAUGGGGCCAAAGGAAGAAGGAGGGCUUUAUUUUUGAAUACAGGUUCUUAGAAGACAGGGAUCUCAACUGAAGCACCGUGAACAAAUAAACAGCUUGUGCUCCUGGAGCGUAGAAGACUUGUUAGCUAAGGAGUACGAGAUCCGAGGAAAGCCUGACCACCUGUUUCAAGACUGAGCUCUAGGGUUUUCAAAUUUCCAUCAGCUGUAACAGAUCAGUGCCAGGCUUUUCUAACCACUCUGUUGUCCUUACAGAUAUCAAAUGUAAUGACAUCAAGAGUGGCGAGACUGCCAUUAUUUCAACUGUGCAUAGUAAAGCAAGGUAGUGUAUUUGAGCUAAUGUGUUGUUUCUUUAUGCCGUAUAGGACAUUAGUUGCAAGGUCCCAGUUUGUCUCAGUGAGGCAUAAGACAGUAAAACAUAGUGCAAAUAUAUACACUCUUAUUUAAAGAGGGAACUGCCUGUAACAGAAAACAAGUGAUGAAUUUUUAAAAAUGCCUUGUGUAAGUUAAAGUUUGUAAUUAAUUUGUAAUUACAGGAAAGAAAUUUUGCCUUACAUUCAGAUGGAGCUUUAAGUAGCCAAUUUUGGGCGACUGUGUAAAUAAAAUGAGAUUGUGUGUUAUUACUGUUGUGAAGUAGAGCUUUCUAUAGCCCUUAAGAUGUUGUGGGUUUGUUAAUAGGAAUGAGUAUGUAGAUAUGUGUUUUAUUAGCACGUCGUCAGUUUAAUGUGCAAGUUUUGAGUAAAGAAAACGAUGAAUGGGUUCAUCUAUCGUUUUCCGGAGCCAACUUUUUACCAAUUCUAAAUUAUAAAAUUUAAUUUUGUCUUGCCAUGCAAAAAAUAUUUUAAAUUAAUAUUGUUCAUUAUUAUGAAAAAAAAAAAGAUUUCCUCCGAUAAUGAUCCCACUUUAUUCAAGGUUUUCGUUAACUUUUUUGUACCGAUCGUGAGGCUUUUCAUUUCAUUCUAGAGAAUAAAGGUUAGGAACUCCUAAAUAUCUUUGUGAACAAAGAGGAGAGAGUGUUCAUACACAGACUAAAACUCUUACUGAAUAUAGGCAAAAUAAAAUUUCCUUUGUGCAGCUAUGCUGUGUUCUCAAUUUUCAAUUUUAUUUUCACAAAAUAAAGGUAAUUUUGACACAAGAA